AGCUGUACAAUAUUAUUAUUAUUGCUUACUCGAAUGUUAAACGUUUUAUUUGUUAUUUAUAUUUAUUUUACGAAUCACACACACACAUGACUGGCAUUCGAGUUUAAUAUAUUUAAUUUUUAACACACAUAUUAUACAAACGGUUUUACACCUCACCUCGUGUGAGUAUGGCCAACGCAAGCGUUUUCGAAGAACUCCGGCUAGUGCUGCGACCGGACGAUGCGGAUCGACGGAUUGUGUGCAUCGAAGAGACUGAAACGGCCAAAGGAGACAUAAUCACGGCGUUUUACUUGUGGUACAUACUGAACAAAACCGACCGACCCGUUUUAAUGUUCGGCGUGCGAGACGCGUUCGGCCAUUACCACAACGUCGGGCUUAAGUACAACUACAACUUACUGUCGAUGGCCAACAAGAAACGAUUUCAGUUUGUCGAACCCGAACAUUCCAUUCGAUCUUGGCUCGACCCCGUGGAAAAGCUGAUGGAAAAAUGUCCAAACGAAACGUUGUAUUUAAUCGUCGACGAUCUCAGCGUUCCACUGCUGUUGGGCGAAACCGUCGAGAACAUUGUCGCGUUCUUGACCUACGUUAGAAAACACCAAUCGAUUGUAUUGAUAUUUGCAUGUUGGAAGCACAAAGUCGACGACGCGACCAAACGACUAGCAGCCGUAGCGUCGCAUUUGUCCGAUGUCAAGAUAGCGUUGGCGCCAUUGCCGACGGGAUUCUCCAACGCGGCGACGGGCACAAUGAGGAUCACUUCUUACAAAACUAUGUUCGACAUGAGCGAUAUUUCUUAUUUGUACAAACUGUCCGAUAACGGUUUAUCGCUUACUCUGAAUAAAUAACGUAAGUGAUGACUUCUGUAUAAAUAUAUAAACAUUGUAUUUAAACAAUCAAACAUUUUUGUUAAACAAAUAAAUUUCAAUAACUUGUAAAUAAAAUAUAUACUAUUACAUUGGUUUAACUUGUUGUGUGCAAUAUAAAUAACGAAAAUACAAUAAUAAUAUAAAGUAGGUAAAUAAAA